AUCGCGAUCUUAAACAUACUCACCACAAAAGAUCUUAUUUACUCAUCUUCUUCAUCAUGGGCCUCCUUGGAACAAUGGCAAGACAUUUGGACACAGUAAUAGGGCCUGGAGUAAUGCUUCUUUAUCCUUUAUACGCAUCAAUGAGGGCAAUUGAGACUCCUUCAACCUUAGAUGAUCAGCAGUGGCUAACAUAUUGGGUUUUGUACUCCUUCAUCACCCUCUUUGAACUUUCAUGUUUCAAGAUUCUAGCAUGGUUUCCAAUUUGGCCAUACCUGAAGCUUGUGUUUUGCCUCUGGUUGGUAUUGCCAAUGUUCAAUGGAGCUGCUUACAUGUAUGUGAAGUACGUGAGAGAAUAUGUCAAAAAUAUAGGAAACUACUAUGGAAAUUCUAAGUAUCCUGAGGAGCAAAAGAAAGUUCUUGAGAUGAUGAGUUUGGAUGCAAGGAAUGCUGUUGAACGUUAUAUAGAUACAUAUGGCUCUGAUGCCUUUGAGAGAGUAAUCAAAGCAGCUGAUAAAGAAGCAAGGAAGCACUGAAGAUUAAUUUGACAAAAUUGAUACUUUCAGGAUUUAUAUAUAUUGUAAUCAUUGCUGUGUAUGAAUGAGUGAGUCUCAGAAUUACCGUUUGAUUAAAAUGACACCAA